AUGGCGCAUUGUAGGCGCUCGAUGGGAUGCCCAAAAGGCUCGACCUGCUUCUGCGGAGCCAUGCUGGUGCAGGGUCAAGGCCAUGGUGGGUGUGAGUGCACGCCCAUUGGCAGUGUCCACAUGGACCUUGCGACGCGGCUCACGGUGACCGUGCCCACGCGCGACCAACGCGGAGAGGAAGCGGCACGAAGACCAGGACAGGCAGGGAUGGCAACCAAGGCCGAAAGGGACCAAUGUCAAGCGCUCCCAAGAUCGGUAGGCAAUGGGCGCACUGAUGAGGUCGGUGCCAAGGAGAUGUGGGGAACUCUUGGUGUCAAGAAGACAGUUAAGGAGGCUUGGGAGGCGGUGAUGACGAUGAGAAUUGGCGCUGAUCGGGUGAAGGAGGUGAACGUGCAUAAAUUGUUGAAGGAAUUCGAGAAUAUUGAGUUCAAGGAAGGGGAGAGUGUUGAGGAUUUUGGGAUGAGAAUCACAAAUCUCGUUGCCAAUAUCAAGUCACUCGGUGAAACCAUUGAUGAUACUCGAGUUGUCAAGAAAUUUCUACAUGUUGUACCACCUCGGUUCAACCAAGUCGCCGUGUCAAUUGAGAUGUUUUGUGAAAUGAAAGCACUCACAGUUGAAGAUCUGUCGGUGCACCUCGUGACUGGUAAUGAGCUCUACAUAGUAAAACUUGGUGUGGUUCCCCCUGUUUGUCUUCUGACAAAACUGAAUGAUGUUGCUGGGAAGUGGCAUGCCCGAUUUGGGCAUUUGAACUUCAGAGCACUUAGAGAUUUGGGAAGGAAGAAAAUGGUUGACAUAAUGCCAAUGGUAGAUCAUGUGGAGCAAGUCUAUGAUGGAUGUACUCUGGGGAAGCAACACCGUACACCAUUCCCAAAGGUGUCCUCUUACAGAGCUAAGAAAGGCUUAGAAUUAUUUCAUGCUGACUUGUGUGGACAAGUGAGACCACCAAUAGUGGGUGGUAAAUCUUUCUUUUUGCUAGUUGUUGAUGACUUCAGUAGGUACAUGUGGAUUGAAUUGUUGAGAUCCAAAGAUGAAGCAUUGGGUUUUCUAAAAAAAUCAAACAAAGAGCUGAGGUUGAUCAUGAAGGCAAAUUGA